UAUUUUUUCAUGUCGUAAAUUUUAUGUUUUAAAAUGAGCCUUAUGAAUAUAAAUAAUAACAAAACGCCUACACUAGAUUCAAAAGGAAUAGAUUCGGAUCGACAAAUACCACAUUAUGAAAAACUUGGGAGAAGUAUUAAACAAAUAUACUUCGAGUACUGUUCUAACACAUCUAUUCAUGGCAUACAAUACUUUGGAGAACGUCGUCCUUUAAUAGAGAAAUUUUUCUGGUUUUGCGUUUUUUUGGCUUCAAUAUACUGUUGUUCAAAUUUAAUACACAGUAUUUAUAUAAAAUGGAACGAAACUCCAGUGAUAGUUAGUUUCUCUGAAAAAUCGACACCUAUUUGGAGCAUUCCAUUUCCGGCGAUUACUAUAUGCUCUGAAACCAAAAGGGUUCCCAGGAAAGAGGGAGUAACUUAUGGCGAGUUCUUAAAAAGCUUUCGGGAAUACGUAAAGGCUCGGCGUUAUUUUAUACCAAAAAAUAUUAGCCGUUCGGAUUUGGAAGAAUUCCGCACACUUCUUCAUAUCUGCAAUCCUCAAUUAGUAGAACACGGUACUCCAAAAAUUUCAACUGAUCUUAUAGACUACUUCAGAGUUUUGGAAAAUAUGCAACCGGAGUUCAAUAGAUAUUAUUACUAUUGUAAAUGGUUUAGUCAUUUCGGUGAAUGUGAUGAACUUUUUACACCUACUUAUACAAAUGAAGGCAUAUGUUAUACAUUUAAUGGUCUCAACGCAACAGAUUUGUAUCGGGAAGAUACUUUUCAAUAUCAGCGAGUUGGAUUUAAAAACUUUUCUGAGCAUAAUCUAAUUCUAAAGCGACCCCUAAAGUGGUCCUUGCAAAAUGGAUAUGCAAUUGAUAGUGGGAUUAAAACGUAUCCGGCACGAGUUUUAGGAGCAGGAGCGCGAGCUGGAUUUUUUAUUGCAUUGCAGAGUUUUCGUCAAGAGGUAGAUUAUACGUGCCGUGGUCCAAUACAAGGCUUCAAAGUAUCACUACACUCACCCGAUGACGUUCCACAAGUUUCAAAUCAGUUCGUGCGCAUUCCUAUGGGAAAAGAAGUGGUAAUUGCUGUUAAACCAAAUAUGAUCACAACGUCGGCAGGUAUUGCAGAAUAUCCCCCACAAAGACGUCAAUGCUUUUUAGAACAUGAGCGUACACUGAGAUUCUUUAAAGUGUAUACACAAAAUAAUUGUGUAUUGGAAUGUUUAACAAAUUUAACCCUGGCCAAUUGUGGGUGUGUGAAGUUUUCGAUGCCUCGCACUUUAGAAAUGCCAGUAUGUGCGGAGAAUAAAAUCUCCUGUUACGAUAGAGCCGAAGAUGUAUUGCUUUUACGGGAAUUUCGACAAGGUCUUAAAGAAUCCCGUUUAAAUUAUUUAGGCGCCACACAAUGUAAUUGUUUGCCGGCUUGCACUUCACUUGCUUACAAUACUGAAAUAUCACAUGGAAAUUUCGACCUAGAAGAUAUGUUAAAAGCAACUGGUGAUACUUCAUUCUUUGAAGAUUUUCCUGGAUCACAAAUGUCUCGUCUCUCUAUAUACUUUAAAGAGCAACAGUUUAUAACAUCGAAGCGAUCUGAAUUGUAUGGUGUAACUGAUUUCUUGGCUAAUUGCGGAGGUAUUUUUGGUUUAUUUAUGGGCUUCUCUAUACUAAGUUUGGUUGAACUCUUAUAUCAUAUCUCACUACGUUUAUGGAGUAAUAUGCAACUUUUAACAGCAUCAUAAUGUCGUAAUUUUUUGUUUUUAUUUUAGUAAUGUUGUUUAUUUACGUCAUUAUUAUUACGUUUUAUUAACAUUUACAUUUCUUUUUAUUUAUGUAAUAUUAUUUAUUUAUUUGCCUUCAAAUUAUUAUUAA